AUGCAAAAGAUCGAGAAACGACCGGAGAAACCUGUCGCCGACGGGCCUUCAAGAAGUUUGACGGCAAUCUCGCGCUGCUGACUUUUACAAUGCGAAAAAGAUAUCCAGCUUUUUCCGGGACGAAAGCAGUCUAAUUUGACAUAGGUUCAAAAACGAAAAUCAAGAAUAAAAUAAUUAAAAUCGUUAUCGAGCAAAAACACGAAUUAGAAGAGAAACUGGACUGCUGGCGGCGAAAAAAAAAACGUUUCGGAUUUCUGACGGAGCGCGUGGCAGAACUGAAUAAAUAAACAGAAUGAAAAAAAUUAUGAACAUAAAAUUAAUUAUCGAUUCACAGAAUAUACAUAAUUAUAUAAUCAUCAAAUGAAAUCGAAAAAAAUUGGCAUUUCUCAAUAAGUGCAGAGCUUUGUUAUCAAAUCCAGCAGCUCAAGUGACAAUUAUGCCAUUUGUAUAAAGUGAUUAGUAUUAAAGCUAUUUGAGAACCAGAUUCGAUUGGCGAAGUAGCCGCUUCAUGGUUCGAAAAUCAAAAAAAAAUGAAACUGAAUCAAAAAAAAGCGAGCGCGGAUACGUCAAAAACAUGUCCAGAAUACGGAGGGCCAGAAACCGUCAUAAGACAAACACUCCACCCUUUUUGUUUACUGAAUCUAGAUUACGAUCACUGGCCGUAAAAAAUUUAAAAAACCCUCGAUGGCUAAAGUUUUUUUUUAUGAGACAGUAGAAAAUGAACGCUCGGCGAAAAUCGAAAAUGAGCAAAUUCAUGUAAGUUACAAUGUCUUUCAUUAAAAAAAAAUAGAAAAACAGAAAAAAAAGAAAAAUUUAUCAAACUUCUGGAAAUAUUUAUUCCCAACAAGAUUACUUUUGAACGCGUCGUAUCGCAACGAAAGAAAAAAAUUCAAGACUUCGAUUACUGUCAUGAUAUAUUCUGCAUUUUUUUUUUUUUUCACUCAAAAAAACGUUUAACGUUUCAAUGUUAAUUUAUCUGAUUCUUUAUACCGUGUUCAAAUUUGCGCAAAGUAAUUUCCGCGGUAUGCAAAAUGGUCUCUGACCCCCCUUUUGUUUAGUUAUCUUUUUUUUAAAUCUCUGACGGCUAUUUUUCGCGGAAUCAUUUUGAACACGGAAUUAGUUUAAAAAUUUGUUGAGUUUCACUGGUUUUGGAGUUUUUUUCAGUUUCUGCUAAAUUAAAAUUGUUUAUAAAUUUUAAGAAUUUUUUUACAAUUUUUUUCUUUUAUACAUCCAAAAUGCGGAGUUAAAUCCAUGUUAAUAAUUCAGGUUAGAAGAAAGAGAGAAACGCUCGAACAGUUCAGCAAAAAAUGCCGAGAGGAUAAAGAUGUACGUUUUCCUUUUUGCCUUAAUAUAUUACCACUGAAAAUAAGCUUGCGUCAUGUAUCAUUAUUUAAAAUGCUCGAACGAAAAAAUCUAGUUUUCAGUUUUCUUAUUGUAGUGAAAGACUUUACGACAAUGAAGUGGAAGAAAAAUUCAGACCAAAGAUGUUCGAGUCGAAAUGGGAUAGGACUUUUCUGUUUUUUUAAAAAUAAACACAUUUCGAUUUAUUUAGAAAUAUGUGUUUUGAUAGCACACUGAAAAAAACUGUUCGAGAUGGUAAAUAAGUUCAAAAACAGCAAGCAUUUCGAAACACACUUCAAAACCCAAAAAAAGAUGAAAAAAAUAAGGCGCAAAAAAAGUUUUUGAAAUUGAAUGGAAAUAUGUUGUUCAACCGAAUAAAUACAUUGAUAGUAGGGAUGAAAUUAGAGCUUUGCUUCUAAAAAACGUUUAAGAGAAAAAAAUCGCAAAAAUCGGGUAUACUUAACCAUUCCGGGCAGAUUGUAAAGCAGGCUGUCGCGAUUUUGGCACAGGGCCAAAUUCGGCGAGACGCACCAGAGUGACGUCAGAGACGCAGCGGCCGUGGUUUCACAAUGGCGGGUCUGAGAAUGAGGCGUGUGGUCGCGCGGUUAUAAUCCCCAACUCUCGCGCUUUCGCGGUAUUUUUUUUGCUUUAUUCAACACCAAAGGAGAGAAAAAACGCUGAGUUCGUUGAUAUUUCCGAAAAAGGGGAAAAAUAAAUACAAACAGUGAAUUUUUAAAAUUUUCGAACUUUGUUCAGAACGGUUAGCAAUGAGAAGAGUUCCUAUGCUAUUAAAAAUUCAUGUUCUUCAAAAAAAAAAGCAUAAAAGUGAACCCUCGCAGUGCAAAAAACACUACAUAUUUAUACUAGGUUUGCUUGGAAUUAACGCAAAACGGUCGCACUGGAAAUGGAUCAACGCGCAGCAACUGCGAAGCGGUUAGUUGUUCCGACCUCAAAACGAGUUGCAUGUGGUCUCAUGAAUAUAUCUUGUCGUCUAAGCAGAGGUUUGGAUAGUACUAUUUUUCAAACCAGCUAUUUAAUCAAAUAUGUGCCUUGAAACUACUCGAACUCCCGUCUCUCGAAAGUUUACGCUACCUAAAAUCUAAAGUCCAUGAUCUGAAGAUAUCGAAACUUAUUUUAAAUUCUUCUUCAUGUCAUUUAUUUUGCAAACCAAGAACACACUCUUUCAGUUUUUAAAACAGCCAUAUGUCACGAAACGAAUUAAUUACGGAAAACUUAUCCAAACAAAAAGCCAUAUCUUUUAUAAUUUACGGUUCUAAAUAUAGUUCUAGGACCAAAAAUUGAGGGUCUCUGAGGUUUCAAAAGAAACAUUUUAAUUUUUGCAAACCAAAUAUUUAGCGCCAAAUGUGUGGUUCCUACUCCCAUAUAAUUUACCGCCUAUAUUAUAUGUCUUGUCCGAUGACAAUUCUUCGUGAGAACCUAAUUUUCUUCUGCCAGGUUCUUCAUUUGGUGAUCGGAGGUUACCGUAUGGGAGGUUGUCGCUUUAAAUUUCGACUCUGUUGCGGUUAAAUGUUUUUUUUAGCGAGGUUGAAACAAAAUAAACUCUUUUCUAAGUAUCUUUUCUGAGUGCUUUUGGUGCCUAUUUCAUUAAAGGAUUUUUUAAAGACUUUCUGUCCGGUUCACUAGGGCACGAGAACUUGGAAAUGGUACUGAUCCGAGAAGUUUUUCUGUUUUUUGUGCUCAUUCAAAUUACUGAAAAUAUAAACAUGUCUAUCCGCAAAAAAGUUGAAAUUCGAGUCGAUAAGUUUCCAUAAAGGGAAAUUUUCUAUCUCUAUAAACACUAUUCCUUUCCUAGAAUCAUUUUUAUCAUUCUUCUGAUUUUCAGCAAAAGAAGUUCAAAAUGGGAUUCCAACAUUUCAUAAUGUUAGUACUUAAUGCGGUUCUUCAAGUAUUUAGUUUUACUAUUAACAGUUUAGUUCUUUUCGUCUUUUACCGGUGAGUUAUUUAGAAAGACCUUUGAAAAUUUAUUUUGAAGGAAGCCAUCAAUUCUUUCGAGCACAAAUCACCAACUUAUACUUCUUUUAUCAAUUGCUGACUGGCUGUACGCCUUCUGCUGUGAGUUCAGUUCUAUCGAAUAAUAAAAAUCAACUUGAAAUCCUUCUUCAAGGUUUAGCGUUCAAAGUUUGCGGAGAAAGAUCAACUUUCGCAGCAAGUAGUUAAAAACUAGAAUAAUUUUUUUUAAUUUCAAAAAUAACCUAAAACAUGAUUCCCAGCUGUUCCUGGAAUGCUGUAUUUAAUUAUCAACUGGCGCCCAACUAAUAUUCAUUACGAUCCUUUCAUAACUGUUUAUUCGAAUUCACCUCUGAUAAUUGAAUAUAAAAUCAAUCUGACUAUUACUAUUGCCGUAGCUGUGGAUCGUUGCUUGGUAGGUCCACUUUUUUUGUUCAAUAUAUUGAUCAUUUUGUAAAAAAACUUUCUAGCUGUAUAAAUUUUAAUUGUGGAAAUAAAUGAUGUUUGGAUGAAAUUUUUCAGAACCAAUAAAAAAAGCCUAAACCUAGACGAUUUUCGAGUGAGAAAAAGUGAAAGUGAAACUUUACUCGAUGGUUCUCAGGAAAGAUCGUUUGAGAAAACCUUAAAGAAUAAUAGAAAUAUUCACAAAACAUCAAAUUUUUAGAGUUUCUCUCAUUGAAGGUCUUAAACUUCCUAUGAUUACAGGCGAUUUUCCUACCAAUCUGGUAUCAUCAACGGAAAAAUAGCCAUUUUUCGAGGACCGUUGCCGUGAUCGGAGUACUGUUCGGUUUUCUGGACUUUCUGUUACUGUGUGUUCUUGGCGACGUCCAUGACGUCCCCGGUUGUACUGCCGCAGGUUGUUUCGUUUCUUCUCUGUCUCGAAAGUGUCUCGGAUACACUAAUGCGGUGAUUUCCACUGUGUCCAUUUCAUUUAAAUAGUGAUUUGUUUAGUUUCUCGGCCUGACAGUGGCAGUUCUCACGUUGACGAUCAUGAUCAAACUAAAGACAUUCAAAAAAACAAGCCAGUUGAAGCAAUCGAAAUCAACAGCAAAGUUAAACGAUCAAAACCAACGACGUUUUGCUCAGGUUCAAAUUUGAGCCUUUUCUCUUGGUUGAUAACUUUAUAUUUACAAGGCGAACCGUGUCGCUUGCGCCAUUCUGCUGACAUCUCUGAGCUUUUGCACAAUUCCCAGCCUUUUCAUCGGCGCAGUUGAAGUUUUCACGUGGCUCAACCUUGUUUUUGCAACUAUUGGCCCAUUUUACAUCACUGGCUUGGUCUUGACAGGUGAGGAGACCUUUCUAAUGUUAGAAAAGUCGGUCGGUUUUUCAACUUCGUCAUUUUUGAACUUUCCGAUUUUUCUACAGCUCGAAAUUGUUUAAUUCUACACAAUUCUUAUAACUAUUAGUGUUGAUAGUCUGAAAAUGUCAAAAUGGCGGUCAGAGAGAAUUUUUUUUUAGAUUGAAACUCAGGUCGGCCUUUUUUAAUCGACUUGAAAGUAAAUUUUUUUAUGUGCAAAUGGUUUUUGAUAAGAUUUUAGGAAUAGCGAAAAUAGAAAUAUUCAGAAAAAGGGAAUUUGAGAACAUUCCAUGAACAGAUCUGUGAGAGUCAAGCUUCGAAACUGUAUACAUUAUGAAGAAAAAAAUGUACUUUCAAACCUUUAUCUUCCCGGAAUCGUCGUAAAGACUUUAAAAAUUUAGAAAAAAUGCCAUAACAAAAAAGUACCGACCGACUUUCCAGCAUGCCUUUUAGACCUCUUAUUUUGACCACAUUUCAGGAAUUUCCAAUGGAAUAAUUUUCCUCCGAUUGAACAGUGACGCGAUCAAAGUUAUCAAACAAGUUCUCUCAAUGAAGCUGGAAAAGAACACGAGCAAUCAAAUCACGGUCCAAUCUAUUUCUUGAAGAGAAAUCAUGUUAUCAGUUGGAAGUACCUUGAACUUCGUCGACAAUUGGUUAGUUCAAAAGAUACCUUUUCAUCCUUGUUAAAUUAGUUUGUGAUUUGAUAAAGUUUUUGAUUUUUUUUAUCAUAUUUGUCAGACUUUCUCAAAAAUAAUAGCUGUAAAGAACUCAAGAACAGCGUCCCCAGUGAUAAUUUGAAGGUGAUGCAAUUUCAGAUAAAUUUUUUUAAGAAAUAAAAGAUAAUAUCUGUCUAAUAUUAAUAAUAAUCACUCUAAGCAUAGAUCUUCAAGUUUCUACGUAGAUUCUUAAGAUAAAGAAUGUGAUUUUGAGCCAUAACGUAGAAAGUUGUCUUACAGGUCUCUGACCCUGGUAAGAAGCUUAAAAAAAAGCCGCGAAAAUAAAGCUUUAUUGUUAAACAAAAGUAUAAGUUUAUUAGGUUAGGAAUUUUGAUCUUCCGUAAACAGUUCUGAAAAAGGGGCGGGCUGGUUCACCUUCUAUUCCCACUCCGGGCUUUCAACAGUCUUUUGCUGCUAUACAUCUCAUUUUUGCGACUUUUGCGUGGAGUUAGAAGCUUGUUGAAGUUCUUGAAGGCAUGUCUCCAAAGUUUUCAGACUUCUAUGUUGACGAAAGUCACAUUUGAGCCUUCAAUAAUGUAAAGAUUAAGUUAGACGCACGACUUAGGCUAUACUGUCGAUGCAUUCAUUGAGAAAUGGAUAGAUCACUAUAGCAGCCACUUGAAGACUUCUACUCGGCUAGUUCCAGGUCUUAAGGCCAUCUCCGUCGGCACGGCAAGGGUGGGCGGAGGAGCUGCCGCCGCCGAGCCAAUCGAUUUCUUUCCUUUUUCGUCUCUCCGCUUUUCCAUACUUUUUUAUCCCAUCUUUUUCGGUUCCCCUGGGACCAUGUGAGUUGGCCCCACGAAUUUUUAAUUUUUCUUUUCCACGCUCUUUUUUCCAGCUUAAAGUUUCAAGCGCUCGGAAAACAUUUGACCAACUCACCUGUUUCUCUUUAAAAGCUUUCUGGGAUUGAACUCUGAGGUUUUUUCCGGUUAUUAUUGAUUCUCAAUUCAUUAAAAAGAUCUUUUUUUUAGUUUUUGUCGGCUCAAAUCUCUAUUCAAUUCUCUUAACAAGCUUUAUGAGCUUUCCAAAAGGUCCAGCUUAUUUUUUAUAUUUAAGAGGCCUUAGUUUGAUUGAAAAGUUAUAAAGUAAGAGUCCUGAGAAUUAUUGCUCAGCAUAUGGGAAAGUCUCAGUUUUUUUUUCGAAAAGAUUCUUUUUUCUUUUUUACCCUUUUUUUCGAGAAAUGAAAACUGGACUGCCCUAAUCUGCAUGGGAAAAAUUUGUUUUGACAUUUGUUCCAAACCAAAAAACGACUCAAUUAUUCUUCAAGUUUUUUCCCUGCUGAACAAACAAGCAACUGGAAAAUUGGUCGAAUCGGCGUUCGAACAUUAAUCAGCACGAGUCUAAUUAAUUCCCAAUGCAUUAGGGAGCAGUAUGAAAAGACAGAAAUUAAAAAUGGAAAGAUUAAUAUUAGAGAUCAAAAAACGACUUCUUCCCUUUUUUCGUCUUUUCCGGUGGCUGAUGUGGCUCUGAAGGACAUGUUAAUAAUGAGAAGCGGCCGAGCAGACGGAAGGAAGUUUCCAACGACUUCCUUUUUUGCCCCGAGACAGAUGAAAUUUCAAAGAAUUGGUAAUUUGCUCAGGAAUUUUUCCACUUGAUGAAACAUCUGAACGUCUUCUUCGUUCUUUUAUUUCUAGUCUGAUCCGAAGAAUACUCAUCUGUCGGCAUGGAAUGCAUUUUCAGUGAAUUUUUGAGGUUCUGAGCCAUUGAAUGAGCAAAAAAGGAGUUACGGUAACCUACGCUUUUUUGAGAGAAACUAGUGGUGAAUUGAGAAUAGGUGACAGAUCUGAAAGGCCAAUAGAUAAUUUUGAAAAAUGUGUUUAAACAAAAAAAUGUUUUUCGUAAUCUUCAUAAGACAUUUUAGCUCACAGAGCUUUUCUUUUUUUUUUUCUAGCCAAAGUUGCUCUCUGAUUUUCAGAAUAACCAAAACCUGCAUAAAUAACUAUGAACUAGAGGAAUAUGAAAAAUGUUUCUUCUUGCUUAUAAAAACGGAUUUUUUUUUUCAAUUUCUUACGAAAUCACAACCCUCCGAUUCCUAUAAACGUGAGAAAAUCGUUUUCAUUCUUCAUCCUGUCCAAAGACCCUUUUUUCUCUCUUAGAAUGUCUUCUUUGAUCUACAUUUCCAUUCUCUGGACGGACAACGAGCCAAAAAAGGCGAACGAACCAAAAGCCUCAGAGGCGCGGAAGAAAGAAUUGAUUUCCGCUAUUUCUUCGUUUUUCACGUUUUCCUUGCGCAGACAACUCUGCCGCCAACUCCCUUUUAUCUCCUUUAUUCGUAGUUUUUUCCCUUCGUUGCUCUUUGUCUCUUUUUGUCAUUUUAUGACGAUUUCGAGAUUCACCUUAAUCCUCGCCAAUUCACGGAUUAGUGGGCUUCACCUCGAAAAAACAAAUAAAUGAAAAAGGGAGGAGGGGUCAGUAGUGACGUCCGUCUUAGAUGGGCUUCGAAAUUAAAUUUUUUCUUCCGUCCUUGAGCUAACUAGAAAGAGGAGGCUGUCCUUUUGAAAAUAUCUCCUUUUUCCGGACCCAAGAGUAAAGUAGAGAUGGUUGAAAGACUUUGUGUCAUGAAUAAUUUUGAAGUCUUCUGCAAAAAAAAAAAUCUUCUGAAUCUAAACCACGAAUAAAUUGCAUUGUGAAAACUAAUCAACCACGCUUUGUUCGAAAUCCAUCAAAUUUCGAAAAUUUCUCUCUUUUCGUCUUCAUUUUAUUCCAUUCCAAUCCGUCAGAUCCUCCCCCGAGAAAACACGGAAUUUUUUCUCCAUUUGAGAAGAGUCCCUCUGAAAUUCGACCCUGUGGUUCUUCCUGACGCCAUUCGUGAAGCCGUAAAUCCGCCAAAAAUGUCCUUUUUCUCGUUUCAUGCCAUUGGAAUAAAAAUGAAUGGUUUUUUUGUUAUCCAGAAAAAAAAAAUUGGCAUUUGCAUGUAAAUAGCUCACCGAAAGCGUCUAUAAACAGCAAUAUUAUUACGUUCUGUAUUUUAAUUGAGAGAAUAAUUGGGAAUUUAUGAUAGAUUUGAAUAAUCGUGCAACUAAGUGAAGAAGAUAUGAUGUAAAUCACCUCAAUAAUCGGUUUUUGACUCUUAUGAAAAGCUCAUUUUUUUUUCUCUCUUUACAUGGAAAAUAUCCAUAAGUCAGUUGUUUGUCGCAUUUUUCGUUCGUUCUUCCCACGCUUGGCUUCUCGUGCCACUUUUCCAUUUGCCAUGUUCUUGUUUAUCGAUUUAUGCUUUUUUUUUCCAAUUUUUUUAUUUUUUGGACUUGCAAACAUCAACAACUCAAAGUUCCAACCAUUUUCCAAAAGUGCCUGGCGAUUUAUAAAUCAUUCAUCUCGUAUUUAAACGUCCUGGAAAAUGGGAAGGCGCAAAGCUUUCAAGUAUAGGUGCUUUAACGAUUUUUUAGUGCCAACGCUCGUAAGUCGUUUCAAGUCGGUCGCGCCUAUAAACAUUGGAUUUUUUUCUUUGCUUUUUCGAUUUUCUUUGCUCUUUCCAUCCUUAAAGCUACGAAUCGGUUCCUUUUUAUUUUGUUGGAACUUCUUGCAAUUUCUGACUUCCAGAGGGGUGAUGGUAAAGAUCCACGACUUCUCGGAGGAUGACGACGCCGGCGCCGAGGAGGAACUCACCAAAGAAUUCGUUCCCAAUGACGCGCCAAUGGAAACCUCGACCAAGGCGGCCAUCACUGAGUUGGUUCUUCGGAAUAAAGAUUUAUCUUUUAUCCAAGAUUUUUAUUUGAAACGGAUUUUUCUAAAGUUUUGUAAGAUUCAAGUUAAAAGCUCCAAUUUUUGCACGAUUUUUAUGUACAAAACAGAAAUCUUCUCUCAUUUCUUGCUAUUACAUUAUCAAUAUCGUGUAUAAAUUCUAAUUGAAGGUACAUUUACAUUGUAAAAAAACAACGGAGAGGGAAAAAUGAUUUUUUUCUCCAUUUUCUAAAAAAAUAGAAGGACCUCCGACUUUUAAAUUAUGAAACAAUUCGAUUCAUCAUGCCGUUUUUAAAACUUCAAACAUAGUAUCCACUUCCAACAUUUUUUAUUUAAUCAUGAACGCCUCCUCGAUAUUUGGACAGCUGAACUAUUCAUUCGGACUUUUUUUUUUCACAUCAGAUAUCGUGACGUAAAACUGCGUGGAAACUUUUAACAAUGGCUUUUCCCACAAAUAUUUUCAUAAUUUUCCUAUUGUCAAAAGAUUUUCGUAAACAACCUUGUUUUUAACCAUAUUUGGUUUCGUUUUCGGGAAACUAUUACCAAAAUGGAAAAUCCGUACACUUUCAAUGUUUGAACCGCUUUCUAUUUACGCUUCUGAGAAUAGUAGAAAAAUCGAAUUAAUGGCGAUCGCCGGACGGCGCAUAACUCAAUUAGGAGCGAUUCGCUGGGUUCUAUCACAAAUUCCGGACGAUUUUACGAGGAUUUUCAGCGAGAAAGAUUUUUUCUCCGGAAAAUGGCUUUUUAAAACGAUCAAUUUUUCAAAAUUGUGAACUCAAAGCUUUUUUAUAUUUAAGUGCUGUCGUUGGAAAGCGGAGAAGAACCCAGGAAACAAACAAUUUUUUUGAAAAUUUUAUUUUUUUCAUGUGAAAGAAAAAUAUGAUCUCCAAACCUUUUACGAAAAGUCUUUAUACCAGUAGUUUGCCUUCAAAUUGUAUCUCACUUUUCAAAAUUCUCAUAAAGGAAAGAUUUUCCUGGGAAAGAGUCGAGUUUUUCAGACUAGCCCACAACUUCAAAUUAGCAAAUUUUCAGUAGCGAUGACGUUUUCUACAGAUUAAAAAAACAUGUGAGACUGGCGAGGAACGGCAAAAUCUAAUUAAAAAAUCGGCACUCUUCGCACUUUUCCCACAAUGAUGUGAGGGGAAGCUGAGUAGUGCUCACAAAGUUUCAUUCUUUGAAUUUUGUGGGGCCCACUGUUUUAUAGACGACCUUUUUUUUAUUCAAAAAAAAGAAAGAAAAAAAAAACUGUUGGCGUUCAUAAGGUCAAAUAGCUAAUUGAGUUUGGCGGUCGAGAGAUGCCGAGAAAUGCAAAUUGAGCCCAAUUGGCAUUUGAGCGCAAACAUUUCCGACAUGGAUGCAGCUCAUUUUUCGGCUCUUUUCUGAACGUUUUCUUCAUUUUUUGCAGAGCGACGACGACCGGCGAAUCGAUAAAAGAUGUGGUCGUGAGCAAGGUGAUCGACGUGAAGGACGUCGUCAAGGCCAAAGUCAUGAAGGAAACUGGAAGUUAGUUCAUUUUGCAAGUACUUCCUUCAAAUAGACUCGUUCAAAAUUUUCUCCUGGGACAAAGGCCUUUUUUGAAAUAAUAUCUCUAAAAAAACAAGCGAUGGGAUUCAUAAGGCAAUUUUUUGACGUUCCAAGAACACAUUGAGAAUUAAUUAAUAAUUUUAUAUGCAAAGUUUUUUUAUCGUGGUUGGUAACGUGAAACGGACAUGCUCCAGACGUUGGCAUUUCUAGUGACCACUUUAGUAGCCUCAGCACUUUUAAGUGAUCCCUAGAAUCGCCCAGAAACGUCCGGAGUACGUCCGUUUCGCGUUACCAAUGUCCGAGAUUUCAAAAUCACGAGUGAAGUUUUUCCAUGGAGCACAGCUACUCAAGUAUACAUUUUUUAAUUAUUCAACUUCAAAAUUCUUAUCACGGCGUUCCCGAACGGGGUGGGAAGACGUCAACAAAAACUUUGGCGCGAAAUUCGAAAUCUCAAGUACGCAGCCAAAGGUGAUCGAACAAACAAGUUAUUAACGUUGAAUACUCAGUGUAAUUAUGACGUCAUUUUAUCCGGAGCGCGCACUUACUUUUUUUUUUGUAAAUUCAGAAACUUUGACGCCUCGUUCACCCUCCCUCACCUCUUUAGGAAUGCCGUGUUAUCUUAAUUUUUAGAAUAAAUUUUGAGUGUUUCAUAUGCUAAUAUAAAAGCAAUAUAAUCGGUUUCGAAAAAAAUUUGGCUUUUUUUGAAUAUUGUGGUUUACUUUUUUUGCCCUCCUGAGCUUUUUUUAUUUUACGACUUUCCUCAUAUUUUACUAUGAAAAAAUCAAAUUUACUGAAAAAUAAAUUCAAGAGAGCUUUAAAAAAUUCCUAUUUGCCUCAUGACUUUACAAAAUUUUCCGAAUCAGCUUACAUUUCCAGUUGUAUAUUUUCGGCUUCUGAUGCUCUUCACACGAAAAUUAUUCUGUUUCAUUUUCGAGAAGACUAAAAACAGAAUUUUUCCGUGGAAUCUCAAAAAAACAAUCAAGCGAAUGGGAAAAAAAAGGCGUGUUGUUCCAUUCCGCGCCUCACGAAUUACUAUAUUUGCACUACAAAUUAGACUAGGGUAAUUUGCGAUAAAUUUUUCCAGUGCCGGAAUGGGCGUUCGUUUUCUUGGGCAUCAUCUUCAUGCUAAUUGUUCUCGGAUGCGGCUUCAUGCUCGUGCGAAAGUUGUUCGGCAAAAAGAGGCAUGGGGAGAAGAACAAAAAGGUGCGUUUUGGGGUGGAAACCACGUUUUUCUUUGAUUUAGUUAAACAAAAGAUCUGUAAAAAUUAUUUUUUUAAGACUGGGCAAGAAAAACUUUUUCCAAUAGUCAUAAAUUUUUAUUUUCGGGGAAAAAGCUGAUUUCUAUCGGUUAGAUCAGGAAAUAGCUCGGACCUCGUUAACGAAAACCAGACUUGCUCUGGACUUCUUUGAGGGACCACUUAAGAGUUCUGACGCUACUAAAGUGGUGACUAGGCCCCGACAAGUCCGAGAAAGUUCUGUGGUGGUUUAUUCGAAAAACUAGAGCGAGAUGAAAAGUGAAAAAAAGUUUUGCUCUGCCGAAUUUGAAAAAAAGAUCGUAAUUAUCUGAUCCAUUUUUGCAGUAAUAAAUGAAAACAGAUUGAUUUCAGGGUGGUUUCAAAGGUCUUUUCGGCAAAGGACAAGAAGUCAUCGACGGAAAGAAUAUUGGCGGCGUGAGUCAUUUUUUUAUUUUUUUUUUCCCUACCGAACUUGUUUUUCAGAUGGCCCAGGACCUAGAAGAGCUCGGAGACGCGAUGGAACAGAACGAAAAGGCGCAGGCCGAGGAGAAGGAGGAGGUCAAGCUCGGCCGGAUACAGUACAAACUCGACUACGACUUCCAGCAAGGACAGGUGCGAAAACCGUUUUUUGGUCGGCUACGAUAGUCUUUGAGAAAUUUCGGUCAAAUUGUGGAGAAAAACUUUUCCAAAAAGCGAGCAAUUUGGUAGAAAAAGUGUAUAAUAGAACUUUAUGCAAUUGCAAUUUGAAAAACAGAUUUUUUUUUUUGAUUUGAAGCUCAUUCUUAUUGUAUCGAUAACAUUUACUGAACAGUCCAAAAUUCUUUGAAAAACGGAGAAUUUAAAUCGAGAAAAAAAGUGAAGCGAAAACUAUUCGAAGAACUUGUACGAAGGCGUUGUGAGUUUCUUUUUUAGAAGGAAUAAAAAUAAUUUUUUCACUUUAUUCUCUUCUAUCAUGAUAAUCAUACUAUACAGCAUUUUCUACAGUCAUAACUUAUUUGGAAUUUUUUUAUUAUUUAGGCUUUUUGAUUGAAGGCAUUCGCGUUGAAUAAAUCAUCUCGCUUCUCAGGCUUAGAAAAAAUUUAUUUUACAGGAAAAAGUUUCGGAUAAAAAAAUUUCAGUGAUUUUGAAAAAUUAUCCCUUUUUAAAUCGUAUUUUUUUCAACUUUUUUUGGUCUCAUUUUUGAAAUUUAUACAGAAAGAAAAACUUGAAGUUUUUUUGAAGUAAAUUGAAGUUGAAGUAGAAGUUGAAAUUGAAGUAGUAAAGGUCUUUUUGUAAAUAUGAGUAAAAAAAUUUCUUUUUAUUCGAUUGCUUGCGUUUUUUUCGUUUUCAUAACGCAACUUAGCUUUCAAACUUUCAAGUUUUCUUCGAAGUUAUCAACUAUUUGUUCAGUUAUCCGUGACGGUGAUCCAAGCAGAAGAUCUGCCAGGAAUGGACAUGAGCGGGACCUCAGAUCCCUACGUCAAGCUCUACCUGCUGCCCGAGAAGAAGAAGAAGGUCGAGACCAAGGUCCACCGGAAAACCCUCAACCCUGUCUUCAACGAAACUUUCAUCUUCAAGGUAUAUUAUUUUUCUCAUUUCGAGUCCUCAAAAUAACGGCUUUAGGUCGCUUUCAACGAAAUCACCUCGAAAACCCUUGUCUUCGCCAUAUACGACUUUGAUCGUUUCAGUAAACAUGACCAGAUUGGACAGGUACUUUUGAAAGAGGAAAAUACUCUAACUAAAUGUUGCCUAGGUACUGAUCCCGCUGGGUAAGAUCGAUUUGGGACAAGUUAUCGAAGAAUGGAAAGAUAUCGCGCCGCCGCCGGAUGACAAAGAAGCGGUGGGUUUUCAGAAAUACAGGACAUUAAUGUUUCGAUCAAUAAAGCUCGGGAAUAACAAACUAUUGAUUUUUGAAACUGUAUGCCGUUUUACAAUAGUCUUCAGUUUUUUCUCAUAAAAUUGUGGGUUUUUAAUUUUCUCGAAACGGAAUUUUCGUUGAGUUGAACUGAUCUAGGUUUCAUUAUUUGAAAUUCUUUCAGCAACUAGGGAAAUUUUUAGUGGCCACUAUAGAGGCUCGCCAAGGACAACUUGGAGAGAACACUAAAGUGGCCACUGAACCCACCUCUAUAGUGGCCACUAUAAAGAUUCUCAAUUAAAAUGGUUUUUUUCAUCUAGUAUUGCUUCCAGUAAUUCUGAUAAUUUUAAAACAAACAGAUUAGACCAGUUAUGUUAAUCCAUCGACCCCUGAAGCGGCCACUAAAAUUUUUUGUGGUCUAGUAGUAGUACUUAGACCUUUAUAGUGGCAACUAAUUUUUAACCUCUCAAUUGGUCACUAAUUUGACUACUAUAGUGGCCACUAAAACGUCAAAACCCUAUAGAGGCCACUAAAAAUUUUCCCAAAAUGUUGUAUUUUUUUAAAAACAGCUAGAUGAACGUCUGUUCAGAUUUUGAAUGUCAAGUCAUUUGCUCAAGCUCCGCCCCUAAUGGUCCGAUAAACCAAUCAGAGAGCGAUUAAUUUAAAGAGCGUUUUCGAAUGACGUCAUUGUACUUGAAAUUCGAUUCCUAAACAGACAAAUAUUUUUUUCUCACUAAAAGUACGAUUUUCAAUCUGUUUCGGGUUAUUUAUCAGCUGGCGCCAUUUUUGGAAAUUUCAGUUCAUUCCCGACGAAUUUUUUUUUCUAACGAUUACAUUGCAAAAAGGAGUAUGAUUUUUCUUAAGAUAUUAAUGAAGAGGAACAGCUCGAAAUUGAUCUUGUUAUUUUUAAAAGGAGAAAUUCUUCAGGAUAAAUCGCUCGGAGACAUUUGCUUCUCCCUCCGAUACGUCCCUACCGCCGGAAAACUAACUGUAGUGGUUCUCGAGGCGAAAAACUUGAAGAAAAUGGACGUCGGUGGACUUUCAGGUAUACUUUUCGUCCAAGCAAGAAAAAGACGUUGUCAAAUAUGGAAAUAGCAUCUUCGUAGAUCCAUACGUGAAGGUGGAAAUCCUUGAGAAUGGGAAACGGCUGAAAAAGCGAAAGACGAAGAUCAAACGCCGCACUCUCGACCCCUACUACAAUGAGGCGUUCUACUUUGACAACCUGCCCUUUUUGAGAAUCGAGGUCCAUUCUCUGACAAUCGAGCCUAUGGGGAUCGCUAUAACAUUUGAUUAUGGCGCGUUCAAAAUUAUUUUUUACUCUGGGAACCACUUAAGAGUUUCCUCAAGGACCACUUGGGAAGGAAACUGAAGGGACCACUGAAACAACCUUAAUAAAAGUCUCAGUGGCCACUAUAAUAGUUUAGUGGUAGAUUUCUAAAGUGGCCGCUAAAUUUCAGCCAUUUCAGUAUACAUUAGAGAUUGAGUUUUUUCUCCAUGUUUUUCGAGGCCCUCAAGAUUAUUUUUAUUGAUAAAAAGCUUCAAGAAUUCACUAGAAUAGCCUAUUUACUAAAAAAAUUUUUAUUCGCAAUUUUAAGCUGAAUUUUUGGGAGCACAAUCUCUAUACGGCUUUUAGUUUCCUCUCAAAAAAUACUGAAGUUUUUUGACUGGAAAUCCAUAAAAUAAUAACCGAAUAAUGAGCACUUUCCCCAAAUUUUCGAAACUAUGGUCGCCGAAAAGUCUGAUUUUUCUGUUAUCAAGCCCAAAGAGGAACCUUGAACGUAUCAAUUAAGAGGAUCACUUUGAACGUGCCCAUCCGUUACAGCGAUCUUUGGGCACGAACGUCAGAGUUUGAAAAAAAAAAAAAGAAAUACUAACACGCGCAUAAUUACUGCUUCAUAGUGUCUGGUUCGCUUCAAAGUCCCUUUUUCUUUCUUUUAAUAAAUUGAACGACUAAACGAGCAGUUCAACGAAUAAGUUAGGUAGCUCGAACCUUGGCUAAAUUAGAAGGAGGACAGGGAUGAAUUUUUCAUUAUUUCUGUACUUAGUUAUAAAACGAGACUUUAAAAAAGAAAUGUGAGGCGAAUUUUUUGCGUUUCAUCUUUUUUAUAUUGAAAUUUAAGUGAAGAACAAAAAAAGUUGGGAAUUUUUCGAAAGAGCGGGUUUUUCAAGUGAUUUGUUGGCGUUCUUUACAAUGCCUAAAGAUUGAGGAUUUUUUUUCCCUUGAUCUGUGAAAAAAAAAACUUUCGAUUCAAAAAUAAGAAUUUUCAUAGCUUUUACUUGAAAUUUUGCUUUUUCUAUUCUAUCAUAUACCCUAUAAACACAACUAAAAUCACCUAAUCUCUGAAAAAAUUCAAUUAACCUGCACGUUUCGCGCCUUUCAGACCCGUACGUGAAGUUGGUGCUGAUGCAAGGCGGGAAGCGACUGAAGAAAAAGAAGACGUCGAUCAAGAAGUGCACCCUCAACCCCUACUACAACGAGUCGUUCAGCUUCGAAGUGCCCUUCGAGCAGAUCCAGGUCGCUUCUAACAAAAUCGCUUUUUCUUGCUUUCUUUCUCUCUUUCUCACACAUUAUAUGAGCUAACUGACCAUACCGAAAUAGUGAGGUUCACUUUUUGCCCGUCAUUUUUUUCAAAGUCCACUCUGGCGUAAUAGCUGGACACGGUUUCUUUUUCGUUACGGCCAAGAGAAUAUAGUCAAACCUUCCUGACUUGAAAGGCGAGAUAUGUGGGUUGGCAAUGGUGAAGCGUUGCGUACGCGACGCGGCUUUUUGGUGGGGAACUUGAGGUCAAAAACGAGCAACGUUUUUUCUCUUUUUUCGACAAUUUUCCAACAAGUUUCAAUUUUCAUGAGUUGGAAAAGAAUCAGGUGAACAAACAGAAGUAUAAAAAUGAUAAAAAAAAUUCCUCUAUAUUUUUCUAUGGUUGCGUUCGACGACCCGCCGUAAAGCCGCGUCGCGUACGCAACGCGUCAUCCUUGCUAAUCUACCAAUAUCGCUUCUUUAUUCGUGGUAAAUUUACUGAAUGCCGGAGGGAAUUAUGAAAGAAGGACAAGAAAAAAAAUGAACCCAUUAUAAAUUUUUGUCCAUUCACCGAGGUUUAUAUGGAAACUACAGCUGCAGGAAAUCAUAUUUUUUUCAAAACAGUUCAAAAUGAAGGAAGCACUUUUUUUCUUUAUUUGUAAAAAAAUUCAUAAAAGAAAAAAAGUUUUAAAACGAGAAAAAAACUAUAUAUAGUAUAUAAGAAACCACUAACUUUGAAAUUCUCAGAAAUUUCCGAUAAUGAACUCUAGUCGUUUCUCGUCAACGUUCACUUGCAUCAUCCAUCAUUUUUUUUUAUCUCCGAAGAAGACGGUUCUCCACUUUUGCGCGUUUACUUUGUACCUGACGUCAAUUUUUUUUAUCUGAUAAUGUCGUUGAAACGCCAUCGGUGACCGAAAAUUGAACCAUUAGUUUGGCAAUUUAUCAUUUUGCGAAUGUCUCAAAAAAGGAGUCGAAAGUCAAAGAGCUGUUUUUUCAUAUUAACUCCUCGGUGAAGGGACUUCUAUCAGUUCGAUUUCAAAUAGAAACUUUUAGAAAGUAUCCCUGAUGAUUACGGUAAUGGACUACGAUAAGCUCGGAUCGAACGACGCGAUCGGCCGAUGCUUGCUGGGCUGCAACGCGACCGGCGCCGAACUGAGGUCUGUGGAUUCGUGGCGAGACCUGAAUCGAGAUGAAUUUGAAGGCAUUGGAUGGACAUGUUGGCCUCGCCGCGACGACCCAUCGCCCAGUGGCACACGCUCGGUCCCGUCGAGGAGGAGAACGACAAGAAGGACGAGAAGAAGUGA